AUGAAAAUCUCGUCUACUGCCACCUUCCUCGCCAUUCUCCUCACUUCUGUUACGUCGCUGGGCAUUCCUCGGUCGGAUUUGGCCCUGCGCGAGCCCGUUUUACCCUCAAUUUCGCUCGAAACGCCCGACUUGGAGAAGCGUCGUGGUGGCGGAGGAUUUGGCGGUGGAGGUGGGAGAGGUGGGGGAGGAAGUGGAAGAAGUGGUGGAGGCAGCGGAGGUCGGAGCGGCAGCAGCUCCGGUGGUAGUCGAAGUUCGUCGUCUAGCACAAGUUCCUCCAGUAAUAGAGGGGGAACCACUCGCGGAGGCUCGGGGCCGCGACCAGCAUACGGUGGCGGCAAUUACUACGCUGGCGGUGCCCGCACGCCAUAUGCCGCCGGCAGGCGAUCACCAUUAGGGGUGGCCCCUUUCUUGUUGCCAGUCGCCGCCCUCGCCUUUUUCCCGGGGAUCUGGCUGUAUGGCGCAUAUGCAUACCCAUAUACUCAUCAUUAUAAUUAUACGGAUGAGAGAACCCGCCGGAACGAGUCGUUGCCUGUGGUUUGUCUGUGUGAGAAGUACGCGGAAUGCGGGUGCGACGACAAUUCGAGCCAGAUGUACUACGAAUCUCUGUUUAACGGUACCCAGCCCUCGAACUCUAGUAUGGUCAAGGUGGUGGAAGUGAACAGCACCAGGACAAUCUACAUCAAUGGAACCUUGCCCAACGGAACGACGGUGGAUGAUCCAUCAACUACAGAGGCAUCCGGCGCCCCGAUAAUUCAAGCUGGGGGGUACUGGAUGAUGGCUGUGUUGAUUGCCCGCACCGUCUGGGGCCUGUGA